UGUCCAUUAACCAGGAGGAAUGAGCUCCUGCACGCUACCCAAUUGAUGAAAUGCGGGUUGAGAGGAUGGACACAAAGGCAAGCAGAGUUGCAUCAUCUACCAGUUCGGAUAUGAUCAAGAGCUUGGACGUGAAGGCAGCAAAGCAGACAAAAAGGUCUGACCAUUCGCCACAGUUUCCUGCUAUUUUGCAGAUGAAUGACAUCCCGUUCAUCGGAUCAGGUGACCUGCACAAUACAGGUUUUACAGUUACAAACGGAUACCCGAAUGACCCCAGAUAUACUUCACAAUUUUUAAGAAUGCCGUACCUAAGUUCUCCGAGCUCCUUGUCCUCAGAAAGCCUCGAGAGUUUCAGAGAUGCGAAUGAACUUUUGAAGCAAGAGGUUCAAAAACUAAAAGAAGAGGUCAAUAGCUUGAGACAGCAACGUGAACUGCAAGGCAAAAGCCAGUGA